AUGAGUGGGAGAGCUAAGAGGAAGCGGCAGAGCCCCAUUGUGGCAUUGCUAGCCAAGAGUAUGAGUUCCGGGACGACGGUAGUCAUUAGCCCAUUGGUUUCAUUACAGGACCAUAUAGUCGAGAGAUGUCAGCAAGCCGGCAUUUCGUGCGUUAAGUGGGACGCCCGACAGUGCCAUUCCCCCAGCCAGAUUGUUAUCGUCACGCUAGAGUCAGCAGUCAGCAAGACGUUUGGGACGUUUUUGGACCGGUUACAAGGAUUGCAUUUGUUAGAGCGGUUUGUUUUUAACGAGUGUUAUACGCCAUUAGAUAGCACGGCCGAGUUCCGGCCUAGGAUGCGGCAAUUGGGCGAGUUAGUGGAAAGAGGGGUGCAAAUGGUAUAUUUGACGGCAAUGUUGCCACCACAUGCCGAGCCAGAGUUUAUGAAUAUUGUGAGGAUCAAAGCCGACGAUGUUCACAUGUUCCGGUCCCCCACCAGCCGUCCGAACAUUACGUAUUCCGUGGUUGAGUACGAGGAGGACGAGUUUGGGAGAGGAGAUAUUGCAGCGGUUCGCAAGUUAGUGGAGCAGAAGUUAGAAGAUGCAUUGGAUUACUAUGCAUAUUACCGAGAUGUAAGUGAUGCAGCCGUUAAAGACGAGAUCCGGAAGGCGUGGGAGAGUGCAAAUGGACGGGUUGUCGUUGCCACUAAUGCAUUUGGAUUAGGCAUUAACCGGCUAGAUGUUCGUAUUGUCGUUCACAUUGGGCCCAUUUACUAG